AUGGAUUCAAACCCUCAUCAGUCAGGCUGCAGAGAGUUUAUUUACUCUGUUUGUUGUCUUCGUUCAGGUUUGACUGUUGCAGUUUGUCGACAUAAAGUCCAAUCUGGUCUGAAGAAGAAGUUCCAGUGUGUGUUUGAGGGAAUCACUAAAGCAGGAAACCCAACCCUUCUGAAUGAGAUCUACACAGAGCUCUACAUCACAGAGGGAGGAACUGGAGAGCUGAAUGAAGAACAUGAGGUCAGACAGAUUGAAGCAGCAUCCAGGAAAGCAGACAGAGCAGAAACCAGCAUCAGACAAGAAGAGCUCUUUCAACUCCCAGCUGGAAGACAAGAACCAAUCAGAACCGUGAUGACAAAGGGAGUGGCUGGCAUCGGGAAAACAGUCUUAACACAGAAGUUCACUCUGGACUGGGCUGAAGGCAAAGCCAACCAGAACAUCCACUUCACAUUUCCAUUCACUUUAAGAGAGCUGAAUGUGCUGAAAGAGGAGAAGUUCAGCUUGGUGGAACUUGUUCAUCACUUCUUCCCUGAAACCAAGGAAGCAGGAAUCUGCAGCUUUGAACACUUCCAGGUCAUCUUCAUCUUUGAUGGUCUGGAUGAGUGUCGACUUCCUCUGGACUUCCACAAGACUCAGAUUCUAAAUGACCCUAGAAAGUCCACCUCAGUGGGUGAUCUGCUGACAAACCUCAUCAGGGGGAACCUGCUUCCCUCUGCUCGCCUCUGGAUAACCACACGACCUGCAGCAGCCAAUCAGAUCCCUGCUGAGUGUGUUGACAUGGUGACAGAGGUCAGAGGGUUCAAUGAUCCACAGAAGGAGGAGUACUUCAGGAAGAGAGAUGAAGAGCAGGCCAGCAGGAUCAUCUCCCACAUCAAGAGAUCCCGAAGCCUCCACAUCAUGUGCCACAUCCCAGUCUUCUGCUGGAUCACUGCUACAGUUCUGGAGGAUCUGCUGAAGAGCAGAGAGGGAGGAGAGCUGCCCAAGAGCCUGACUGAGAUGUACAUCCACUUCCUGGUGGUUCAGGCCAAAGUCAAGAAGGUGAAGUAUAAUGGAGGAGCUGAGACAGAUCCUCACUGGAGUCCAGAGAGUAGGAAGAUGAUGGAGUCUCUGGGAAAAUUGGCUUUUGAGCAGUUGCAGAAAGGAAACCUGAUCUUCUAUGAAUCCGACCUGACAGAGUGUGGCAUCGAUAUCAGAGCAGCCUCAGUGUACUCAGGAGUGUUCACACAGAUCUUUAGAGAGGAGAGAGGCCUGUACCAGAACAAGGUGUUCUGCUUCAUCCAUCUGAGUGUUCAGGAGUUUCUGGCUGCUCUUCAUGUCCACCUGACCUUCAUCAACUCUGGACUCAACCUCUUGAAACAUAAGAAAAAAUCAAAGAUCUUUGAACUGAAACAAAGUAGUCCAGUCCAGUUCUACCAGAGUUCUGUGAAGAAGGCCUUACAGAGUCCAAACGGACAUCUGGACUUGCUCCUCCGCUUCCUCCUGGGUCUUUCACUGCAGACCAAUCAGAGUCUCCUACGAGGUCUGAUGACUCAGACAGGAAGUAGCUCACAGACCAAUCAGGAAACAGUCCAGUUCAUCAAGGAGAAGAUCAGUGAGGAUCUGUCUGCAGAGAAAAGCAUCAACCUGUUCCACUGUCUGAAUGAACUGAAUGAUGGUUCUCUAGUGGAGGAGAUCCAACAGUUCCUGAGUUCAGGACGUCUCUCCACAGAUAAACUGUCUCCUGCUCAGUGGUCUGCUCUGGUCUUCAUCUUACUGUCGUCAGAAGAAGAUCUGGAAGUGUUUGACCUGAAGAAAUACUCCCGUUCAGAGGAGGCUCUUCUGAGGCUGCUGCCAGUGAUCAAAGCCUCCAACAAAGCUCUGUAA